AUGAAGGGUGACCAGGAUAUGGUCGACUUGUUAGAGUCUCGGGGUGCAACUUUAGCUGCACUUACUGAUGCCGAAAAGGAAAAGUGGGAGACGGCGGACGGGGAUGGCACUCUGCCUCUUUUUGAUAAUGUGUUUAUUUCCUUCGAGGACGAGGUCGAUCUGGAUGAGGGUGAGGAUGACGAGUUCCAAAAUUAUUAUGAGUAUUGA